AUGAAAACAGAAAGACGUGUGUUAAUCUAUGGAUGUUCAGGAUCAGGCAAAACCACAAUUUUAAACAAUUUGACUGGUGAAAACUUUAAUACUGACGACAGUGCUGUUGGUGUCACUUUUCAAAUGACAAUUAUUCCACCAAUCAACAAACAGGGAACAGAGAUCAAUGGUAAAAUCUAUCGUUUUGAUGAUACAGUAGGUUUGAAUGAAUGUGAAUCUGGCACAGUUGAUAACUUUACCGCCUUUGUAAAGUUGAAAGACUUUUUGAAAGAUUCCUUGACAGGUUUCAACCUAUUCAUCUAUGUAUUCGAAAAGGGACGAAUCACAAGUAGUGAUGUAAAGAAUGUUCAAUUAUUCUCUCAAAUCCUUGGCCAAAACAAAGUUCCAACACUUAUGGUUGUUUCCAAAGCUGACACAGAUAACGGUUUGAAAUCUCUCGAUGAUUUAACCAAUAAUACUUGGAUUAAACAAAACGAAUCUCAAUUGGCAAGUGCUUUCGGUGAGCAAACCUUCUGUGCAAAACAAACAGUUGCCUUCCCACAACCUUCCUUUACUAGCAACAAUGAAAGUAUCAAUUUAUUAUGCAACACCUCAAGAAAACUAUUGUUUGAUCUGAUUGACCAACAUGCUUCUGAUGAAAGUAUUUUUAUUGUAACGAAGGAAAAUUUCAUGACAGUCCUCACAAGAGUAUUGAAUUGGUUCUAUAUUAAUACGAAAAAGACCUUUGCAAGUAUUGGAAAUGCUAUUGCUGGAAUAUUUGGUCAUAAGGAUGUUUUCAAUGUUCGUGAUGAGCUUGAAGAAAAGUUGGAAAAUGUUACUCAAGCGCUAAUGAUUAACUUUGGUGUUAGUAAGGAGAAGGCACAAGAAGUUGCUAAGGAUAUUUUGGGAUUCUAAUAAAUUUAUUCGAAAGUAUUACUUUUC